CUAGUGAUCUAAAAAGCUGGGAUGAAUUAAAUUUUUUUAGCUCACUUUGAAAGCACACAGUUAAGAAGCUCCAGUGCUCCGCUUAUUCCGGACUCUCUCCUUCUAAAGGCAAAAGCCGAGCAGCAGUAGCGAAGAUUGAGCCAGAUCGGAAGAGGAAGAAUUCUUCGAUCUCUUCGGCGGAUCGAAAGCUGUUAUCAACAACAACGAGAGACGAAGUGAGCGAUAAGAGUCAUAAGAAAAAGCCUAAAAUGUCGUCGGCCAAUCAGGUUAGGGCAUCUCACAUCUUGAUCAAGCAUCAAGGCUCUCGAAGAAAGGCGUCAUGGAAGGAUCCGGAAGGCAGGGUCAUCAAUAACACCACCAAAGACAGCGCAAUCUCCCAACUCAAAGCCAUCCGAGAAGACAUCUUCUCCGGCAAGACCAAGUUUGACGAAGUCGCCUCUCGUGUCUCUGACUGCAGCUCUGCUAAGCGCGGUGGAGAUCUGGGUCCCUUCGGAAGAGGCCAGAUGCAGAAGCCUUUUGAGGAAGCUACAUAUGCUCUUAAGGUUGGUGAGAUAAGUGACAUCGUGGAAACUGAUAGUGGGGUUCACAUUAUCAUGAGAACUGGUUGAUUAUUUCAGUACACUGCGCCAAGUAGCCAAGAAUGUUGUUUGAUUUUGCUUGCUUCUUCGUGGGUCAAUGACACAGCCGUAUGACAACGACUACACUUUGGAAGUGGUAUUUGAAUCAUUCAUAUUGUUUUCUAAGUCAUUUUAGUUUAUAAAACUUCCUAAUUAUGAUUUGGGGCAUUUUCAGUGACUAUAAUAAGCACAUCUUGUUUGUCCAUUUGUGGUUAGUAGUUAUUAUGUGGUAUGACAGUAUACUUGCAUGGUUUUGUUCAGAACUGACUUGCUAAGACCUAUUGUUAAAGAAAAAAAUCAGCGAAAGAUAUGGUUUCACUUCUUUCGCCUUGAACCGAUUA